AUGAAUAUUUCCUUCCAGCGAACUACUGAAAUUCUGGUUGGGUAUCCAAUAGAGAAGCAUGCAGCGAAAUUAUACACUCCUAGUGUAUUCAAACUGUUUAAGAUUGAGCUACGGAAGUCAGCGUCAUAUGUAUUAGAAAGAAAUAAUGGCAAUGAGGAGUUUGAAGUCAUGCAUGUUGAUGCAGUUAGCAGGGACUCUUGGUGCAAAGUGAGAUACAGAAUUGAAGUAAACCACAGUGUUGGAUCUUACAAGUGUGAAUGUGGUUUAUUUGAACAUUUCGGGCUGAUGAUUAACAAAGGGAUAACCUCUAUUCCUGACUUCCAUAUUAUGAAGAGAUGGACAAAGUUUGCAAGAGAAGGAUUUUUUGGAUUAAGUCAUAGGCCAUCAAAUGUGGAUAUGAAGGCAAUUUCUCGAACGGUGAGGCAUAAGAGGCUAUACAUGUCAAGCUUGGAUUUAGUUAGCAAUGGACAGUAUGAUGGCACCACAACUGAUAUUGCAAUGAAAGCUAUUGAAAAGGCUAAUAAAUACAUCGCUGCAUACAAAUCAAAAAUCAGCACAACCUGCCAGGUUGGAUAUAAUACAUGCCCUGCAACCACAACUGGAGAUGCUCCUGAUAUUUCCGAGAGUGCUGAUUCCACUGAAUAUUCAUCCAAUGGACUAAAAAUCUAUGACAGGGCGAGAAAUUUUGGGAUAGAUGUUGGAUCAAUCAAAGCUCCAGCAAUAAAAAGGAAAGCAGGACGACCAUCAAAUCGAAGAUUGUUUUCGCAUUUUGACAGCAAUGUCCGCCGAAAAGAGAAGACGUCAGAGGGGUACCCGGCUGUCGAUACACCUGGUGGGCGAGCUGGAGUACAUCAAACCAGGUUCUGCAGCGCCUGCAAGUCUGCGGACCAUGAUAUUAGGACGUGUCCGACAGUUGACAGACCGGAAGGAAAAAUAGUUCUAGCAUUAUAA